AAUAACGAUGGUAUCAAUUAUUAAGAACUCAUUAAUAAAAACCAUCAACUUAUUUUAAAUUUCAAUAAUUAUUUUCAAAAGUUUGAAAUUGAAAACAAUGAAAAUCAGAAAUAAGACAAACCUACAAGAUUUUAUGAAUUCAUUUUACCACAUAACACAGGAAUUUGUAUUAUCAAUGUUAAUAAAACUAAGAAAAAAAUCAAUUUUAUAUACUUACAAUGUUCGAUCUGAUGUAAAGACAGUUGAAGAAUAUAGAAAAGAUAUUUUAUGAUUUAGAAAAAUGGAAUAUGAAAGUAUGAAUAUAAUUAUAGAUAUA